AAUCUGUGUUUAAAGUAUCAUAACCUUGACGAAAGUUUGAAGCAUUUUUUUUCUUUGUUUACGAAUAGCCGGACGAUAAGAAAAAAAAAGGGGGAAGUGAUUUUUACGCACUAAUUUCAUUACAUGUUCAUCGAUAAACUUAAUUUUCAUUUUGUUUAUUAAAAUUAUUUCACAUUAAAAUGGCAAGAGCCAUAUUUCAAGACGGCUUUACAAUUCAGGAUUUAUUGUCAGAAGAAGGUGUUAUGCAUGAAAUAACUAAUGAAUGCAACAUUAAUGAAGAAGAAUAUGAAUAUUCAAAAAAUAUUUUUAUGUCUAAUGAUGAUAUUUUAAAACAUUUAAAUCUCGACGAUGAAAAAGAUGGAGAAACAAACACUGCCGAGCAAUUGAUGUUUAAUUUAAAUUUACGAUUUGAUAAAUUAAGGGAAAAUAUGACUGAUGUUCUUGGCAAUGGAAAAAUAAUGAAAAUGAUUAAAAAACAAGGCACUGGAGAAAUUGUCACUGAAAAUGCACAAGUUUUUGUAACCUAUAUUGGUCACUUUGAAUAUAAUGAUGAACCAUUUGAUUCUUCCUAUGCUCAUGGUUCAGGACCAGAAUCAUUUAUACUUGGUAAUGGUGGUAUUUUACCAGGUUUAGAAAUAAGUAUUUCAACAAUGAAAAAACAUGAAGUCGCCGCAUUUCUUAUAAGUCCAGAAUAUGCAUAUGGAAAAUUAGGUUGCCCACCAAGAAUUCCAGGCGAUCAGGAAGUUUUAUUUGUUAUUAAUCUCGUGAAUUUUAUCGAUCAAAGUGAUAUAAAAGAUUUUGAAAAAUUAUCCAUUGAAGAGCAAAAAGAAUUUCGUGUUGCCGCUGGUAAAAUUCGUUCACUAAUGGAAUCUGGUACUGAAAAUUUUCGAAGGGAAAAAACAAAGCAAGCAAUCAGAGAUUACUCAAAAGCAGUGAAAAUGUUGGAAGGAUCACGAUUAAAUAAUGAUACAGAAGAAGAGGAACAGAAAAAAUUAUUAUCAAGAACUUAUACAAAUUUGGCUAUUUGUUUCAAUAAGGAAAAUCGACCUCGAAAUGCCUGUGUUGCUUGUCAAAAUGUCGCAUAUCCAAACGCAAAAUCUUAUUUCAACUUUGGAAGAGCACUUAUAAAAUUAGGUGAAUACGAAUUAGCCAAGGAAAAAUUAUGGAAAGCAAGAGAAUUAGAACCUUCUAAUAAGCUAACGUUACAGGAAAUAAAAUUGGCUGAUGAUUUGCAUACAAAAUAUAAAGAUGAUGAAAAACAUUUAUGGGCAAAUUGUUUAAAAGUUACAAAAGAAGAUGCAGCAAGGACAGAAUUUGAGAAAAUAACUGAAAAUAUUUGUAAAAAUUUUAAAAACGAUACUAAUGCAGUAAGAUAUCCAUUGCCCGAUGGUUUAACGCCAAAAGAAGAUCAAAUAAUUCGCAAUAUUGCAAUAAGUCAUGGUCUUUCAAUAACAAAUCAUAAACGAUAUGGAAAGGAAAUUGUUUUUCUAUCAAAAACAAAUUAUUAAUUAUAUACUUAAUUUCAGUAUUAUUGUUGAUUUAAAUUUAUUUUCAAAUUUCUAUUUUUUUUCUAUUCUCGAUAAUUAAAAAGAAAUAUAAAAAUUUUGUUUAAAUAAUUUACAAUGUAAAAACUAGAGAUUAAGAAGCUUAUCAAAAAGCAAUGUGAAAAUUAUUUUUCCAUAAAAACCAAAUUAUUAAUUAGAAAUUAAUUACUAUUAUUUUUACCGAAUUUUGACUUCGGAAUUUUUUUUUUAAAUUAUAAAAAGAAAGUAAAAUUUUUGUUUCAGAAAUAUAUUUUACCAAGUAAAAACAACCCAUUUAUGUAAAGCACUUGGUAAUUUUUCUUUGUAUUCCUUAAAAUAUUGAAGAAAUUGAAUAAAUUUGUAUUUGAAAAAUAUUUUAUCUUGUGUUAAAAAUUAAGAUAUAUUUGUGUAAUUUUUCAUUCUUCAAAUAAAUUGAAGUUUAUAAAAUA